UAAGUGGUGGGAUGGUAAGUUGUUGACUAGAGAGGCUAAGUAUGCCGCUUUCAGUGUUACCACGGCCAUCUUAGAGAGCACGCAAUGUCUUAAAACGUUUUACGAGACGAGAAGAAAUCAAAAAGAGCUGUGAGAAGAUGGGUUCGAAAAUAGAGUAUGUCGAUUCGACCCAAAUCUACGCGACGAGUUACGUGCGCAAUUCGAAGGCGAUCGGUGUCCUCUGGGCAAUAUUCACCAUCUGUUAUGCCAUCAUCGGAGUGGUAUCCUUCGUGACACCAGAAUGGAUUGGGAACGUGGACGGAGAAAGACCAGGGAAAUUCGGACUUUGGGCAGAGUGCUACGCCGAGGAAAACGGGGAAUCCUGCAAGGGUCGCCUGGAUGAGUUCUAUCUGAGUACCAGAUAUGCCUUCCAAGGUGCGACGGUUGCUGUGGGUGCAGCAGUCUGCACGGCCCUCCUCAGCAUUUGCGCGAUGCUUCUCUUCAUCUUCUGCCAUUCUACCACCGUCUACCACAUCUGUGCUUGGCUGCAGCUAAUCUCUGCGAUUUGCAUGAUCACUGGAUGCUCGGUAUUUCCAUUGGCCUGGUCCGAGGACAACGUGGUGAGAAUAUGCGGACCAUCAGAUCAAUACGUCCUGGGCAAUUGCGGUAUCAGAUGGGCAUAUCUUCUUGCUGCAAUAGGAUGUCUGGAUGCAGUGAUUCUUUCAAUUUUAGCCUUCAUCCUGGCUACAAGACACAUCCGGCUUCAACCUGACCCGCAAUACGCACCGGCCAGUCUCUUCAAAGGCGAGAUGAACGGAGCUUUCGUGAACGAUGCGGGAAGCGUUGCUGGUUCAAGGAAAUCGCUCAAUCUGCAUCCUGUGAUGAUGAUGCAUCCUGGACAGGACGAUACGUAUUCGCAGUUCUCGCAAAGGACGGUUCCCAGGUCCACGCAUUCCGGACAUUACUCCCAUCCGCAUUCGAUCCAUCAACACUACUGAAUUUUGUAUUAUAAUACAUUCCAUCAUUUCGUAUUUAUUGUGUGACUGAAGAUGAGCGACGCACGCUCCUAACUUUCAUAGUUCAAAUGUUGUUUUUCUCUUCUUAGUGUAUAUUAUUAUUUUACGUUUUUUUUAUGUACCGCAACUCUUAGAAUUAAUGAAUGCAUGAAGGAAAUAAAGAAAUCCAAUAAUAAAACGAUGGAGCAUUUCUAAUUCCUAGAAGACGAUCGACACCGAUCUGCUACUAGAAAGUUGCAAUUAUUUUCAAUAUUUAAUAAUUACUUAAUGCUAAAAUAAAUGAUCCAGUGAAACCUGUUUCAGCA